AUGCAGUCGUGCAUGAUGUCGUUCCAGUCUUCGCCGGUGAUACUCCUGAAAAGUACGACUAGUGCUUCGGAUCCCGUUCGAAAGUUGACGUGUCUGAAGGAGGAGAUGAGUCGGUGCGGGAGGGAAGGCCUGUCCGUCCCAUCGUCUGCAGUUGGGAAGGAGCUGCCAAGUCUCGCAAUGUCGACUGGCGAGACAUUAUCAACCAGUGCGCACACAGAAACAAUGGAUGCUGAUCCCGACUAUAAGUCUCUCCUCGUUAGACUAGAAAGAGAUCAUCGAAUCAAGAUUAAUGAAUUUCUCGGUGAGCACUGGACAUACUCCUGCAUCCAGCACUGA